AAAAGAGUGCGCUCGGCGAGGACGAGCACUUCGACGCCAUCGGGGAGCCGAGAUGUGCCUGAAGAUGGAGUUCCUUUGGCUGGCAGCCCUGGUGCUAUCGCUCCCUGCGCUUUCUCUGUGCAGCCCACUCUACAUCAUGAGUGCGCCGAACGCGCUGCGAGUGGGCAGCAAGGAGAACGUGUUUGUGGAGGCACAGGAGUACACUGGCGCACCCGUUGAAGUUACCAUCACGGCAAAAGAAUUCCCGGCAAAACUACGGGAGUUUCUGAACCACAAAGUCACACUGAACUCUGACAACAGCUACCAGGCCCUGCAGGAGAUCAUGCUCAAAGAAGAUUUCUUUGACAAGGAUUCCAAUAAAAAGCAGUUUGUCUACCUGGAAGCAAAGUUCCCGCAACAUACGCUGCAGAAAGUUGUUCUCCUCUCUUUCCAAUCGGGAUUCAUUUUUGUUCAGACUGAUAAGACCAUCUACACACCCACCAGCAAAGUUCAUUACAGACUCUUCACCACAAACCCCAGCAUUGAGCCUAUUGAAAAUGGUGUUUCUGUCGAGAUGAUGACCCCAGAUGGAAUAAUAGUUUUCAGAGACCAAGUGUUUCCAAAUAAAGGAGUUCAGUCUGGAGUGUAUGAGCUGCCGGAGGUCGUCAGUGUGGGAACAUGGAAGGUGGUGGCCAAAUUCCAAAAAACACCACAAAGAAACUUCACUUAUGAAUUUGAAGUCAAGGAAUAUGUGCUGCCAACCUUUGAAAUCAAACUGAUACCAAGACAGUCCUUCUUCUACGUAGACGACAGAGAACUGACUGUCGACAUCACUGCCAAGUACCUGUAUGGGAAGGACGUGACUGGGAAAGCAUUUGUGGUGUUCGGUGUGAUGACUCAAGAAGGCAAGAAGAGUUUCCCAGGUUCUCUUCAGAGAGUGGAUAUCAUCGAAGGGAAGGGCACGGCUACCCUGAAACGAGAGCACAUUGUGCAGAUCAGUCCAGACAUCAACCAGCUUCUAGGGCUACCCAUCUAUGUGACAGUCAACGUUUUGACAAGAACCGGCACUGAAAUGGUGGAGGGGGAGAAGACAGGAAUCCUUAUAGUGACCUCACCCUACACCAUUCACUUCAAGAAAACUCCCAAGUUCUUCAAACCAGGGAUGCCAUUUGACAUUGCGGUCUAUGUGACAAAUCCAGAUGACAGUCCUGCUGCAGGCAUCAGACUAAAGGCAACGCCUGGACCUGUGCAUGGUGUUACUAAGGCCAAUGGUAUGGCCAGGCUAACUGUAAAUACUGGUGGCCAGGUUGCAGACCUGCGAAUCACAAUUCAAACUGAGAUGCCAGCUCUGUCACCCAAUCGUCAAGCUCAGCAGACAAUGGUUGCCAAACCCUACCAGACAUACAAGAACACAAAGAACUACCUGCACAUUGGGAUCCAGGCAACUGAGCUGGAAAUUGGAGACAAUUUGCAGGUCAAUCUGAAUUUGGCAAAUGACAAUCCAGGGGUCCAGAAUGAAAUCACCCAGUUCACAUACCUGGUUGUGAACAAAGGGCAGAUUGUCCUUGCAAAGAGACAAGAAAGGAAGCAAGGUCAGUCCCUGGUGACCUUGACACUGCCGGUGACAAAGGACAUGGUUCCUUCAUUCCGCUUUGUGGCGUAUUACCAUCUGGGAGCUGACCAAGUGGUCUCCGACGCAGUCUGGGUGGAUGUGAAGGAUACCUGCAUGGGGAAGCUCAAAGUCACAUCCACCAGGUCUCAGUAUGAGCCACGUAAGAGCUUCACGCUGAGUAUCGAAGGUGACCCUGGAGCGAAGGUGGGGUUGGUCGCUGUGGACAAGGGUGUCUAUGUGCUGAACAGCAAACACAGACUGAGUCAGUCCAAGAUCUGGGACAUAGUUGAGAAGCACGAUGUCGGCUGCACAGCUGGAAGCGGACAAAACAGCAUGGAGGUUUUCUACGAUGCUGGGCUCAUGUUUCUGUCCAAUGGAAAUGUGGAGACCAGAUCCCGAUCAGAGCCCGAGUGCCCAGCAGUUGCAAAGAGACGACGACGCUCGCUGACCUUGAUUGACAUCAAAAACUCACUGGAAAGCCAAUACUCGGUGCCCCUCAUGAAAGAGUGCUGUAUGGACGGCAUGAGGGACAAUCUGAUGGACCUCUCCUGCGAACGGCGCUCCCAGUACAUCAUCGAUGGAGCGGACUGUGUGAAGGCCUUCCUGCACUGCUGCUCUGAGGUGACCAAGAAGCGCGAGGAAGCAGCCAAAGAAACCGAUGUAUUCAGUCGCUCGAGCGACGACGACAACUACAUCUCGGACAGAGACAUUGUGUCCCGCACUCAGUUCCCCGAGAGCUGGCUGUGGCAGGAGUUGAUGCUGCCAAACUGCCCCCCACAGAACCCACGCUGCACCUCCACAUCACACGAGAUCAAAAGUUUCCAGAAGGACACCAUCACCACCUGGGAGGUCACCGCUAUCGGCCUCUCCGGAACUCACGGAAUCUGCAUGGCUGAUCCCUUUGAAAUGACCGUGAUGAAGAACUUCUUCAUCGACCUCAAGUUGCCGUACUCUGCGGUGCGGAACGAGCAGCUUGAGAUCAAAGCUGUGCUUUACAACUACGUAGAAGAUAAUUUGAAGGUGCGUGUAGACUUGAUGGAGACAGAGAGUGUGUGUAGUGCAGCCAGCAAGAAGAGAAGGUACCGGGAGGAGGUGGAGGUACCUCCCAUGUCCUCAGUGUCCGUCCCUUUUGUCAUCAUCCCCAUGGCUACUGGAGAACACUCUAUUGAGGUGAAGGCUGCUGUCUACGAUUCUGUCCUCACCGACGGUGUGAAGAAGAACCUGCGGGUAGUGUCUGAAGGAAUGCAGGUCAAAAAGGAGAUCAAAACAAUUGUUCUGGAUCCAACGAAACACAAUGGAAAACAGUUUGAGACGAUCAAGGGUGUAGAGCCGAAGAACAGAGUGCCAGGUUCACCUGCUGAGACCUACAUCAGUGUCACUGGUGAGCAGCUGAGUCAGACCAUCCAGGCAGCCAUCAGUGGCUCACCACUAGGGAACCUGAUCACGCAACCAUCUGGCUGUGGUGAGCAGAACAUGAUUGGCCUCACAGGACCUGUAAUCGCCACACACUAUCUGGACAACACAGGCCAAUGGGAGAAAGCUGGGGUGGAGAAGCGAGAGACGGCCAUCAAGUACAUUCGCCAAGGGUACACCCAGGAGUUGACAUAUCGCAAAACUGAUGGUUCAUACAGUGUUUGGAAACACACACCUAGCAGCACCUGGUUAACUGCCUACGUGACGAAGGUGUUUUCAAUGGCGUACAAACUUAUCAGCAUUGAGGAGGAUGUGAUCUGUAGUGCUGCCAAGUGGUUGAUCCUGAACGCACAGCAGCCUGAUGGUAUCUUCAAAGAAGAUGCUCCAGUCUAUCAUGCAGAGAUGGUGGGCAAUGUGAGAGGGAAGGACGCCGAUGCUUCCCUGACUGCCUUCGUCCUCAUCGCGCUGCAGGAAGCGCAGCCCAUCUGCGGAGUGGAGAGAGUCGCUAGCCUUCCAGACGGCAUAAAGAAAGCCCGGGAGUUCCUGUCACGCAGGAUCAACAGCCUCACUAACUCCUAUGCCGUGGCAAUAACAUCUUACGCGCUGGCCAACGAGGGGCAGCACAAGCUGGAUAUCUUGCUCAGGUUCGCCUCCCCAGACAAAUCCCACUGGCCGGUCACAGGCAGCCAUCUCUUCACCCUGGAGGCCACAGGAUAUGCACUGCUGGCCCUGGUCAAGGCUAAGGAGUUUGACAAGGCAGGCAAAGUGGUGGUGUGGCUGACACAACAGCGCUUCUACGGUGGUGGAUACGGCUCUACCCAGGCCACCAUCAUAGUUUUCCAGGCAGUGGCUCAGUACCAGAUGGAUGUGGAUUCUGUAAAGGACAUCGACCUUCUUGUGGAUAUCAGUGUGGCCGGUCGCAGCAGACCCAUUGCGUACACUUUCAACAAGAACAACGCCUUCCUCACCCGUUCUCUCAAGACCCGAGUGGAUCAGGACCUCAACGUCACAGCCACAGGAGUGGGCCAGGGGACCGUUUCGGUCAUGACCCUGUACAACGCCAUUCCUACUGAAGAGAAGCAAGAUUGUAAAAACUUUGAAUUGGCUGUGAAGCUGACAAGAAUCCCAGCUAAAAAUGAGGAUGUCUUAGAAACAUACAAACUUGAGAUUGACGUUGGGUUCCUGUCCACCGAGAGGGACGCCACCAUGUCGAUUCUGGACAUCACUCUCCUCACAGGCUUUGUGGCAGAUGAGGAAGACCUGAGAGCGUUAACCAGAGGAAGGGACAGGUACGUUCAGAGGUUUGAGAUGGACAAGCAGCUGUCUGAGAAGGGCUCCCUCAUCCUCUACAUGGACAAGGUCUCUCGCAACUUACCUGACAGAGUGGUCUUCAGAAUGCACAAGAUGCAGAAAAUUGGCCUGAUCCAGCCUGCAGCAGUUACUGUAUAUGAGUACUACGCCAUGGAAAAUCGCUGCACAAAGUUCUACCAUCCAGAGAAGAAGGAUGGAGCCCUCAACCGCAUUUGCCACGAUGAUGUCUGUCGUUGUGCCGAAGAGAACUGCAGCAUGCAGAAGAAGCUUGGGAAGGAAGGGGACCUGGACCGCUUUACAGAAGCCUGCACAGCAGAAGUGGACUACGUUUACAAAGUUCAGGUGGUUCAUGCAGACCUGAGUCCCACUUUGGAUCGGUUUACCAUCAAGAUAGUGGAAGUGAUUAAAGAAGGCACUGACACUGGAGUGCAGGGAAAGGAGCGCAUGUUCAUAUCCCAUCCCUACUGUAGGGAGGCAAUCAAUCUGCUUGAGAAGAAAACGUACCUACUUAUGGGCAAGUCUGCUCACCUCAUCAAGGAAGAGGGCAAGAGCAUGAUGUACAUGGUGGGAGGUGGUACCUGGAUUGAGUACUGGCCAACACCUGAAGAGUGCCAGAUGGAGAAAUACCGACAGACUUGCCUUGAAAUCACAGAUUUCACCGGUGACCUGUUAACCUUUGGAUGCCCCAACUGAGCUGCAAUCUGUUUUUUUGUACUUCCAGGUUUUGCCUUUUGUUCAUUCACAUUGUCAGGUAUUCCAUUAGUGUCACAUGCUGUUGUUUUCUUACAAUGAACAUGAUGUAAAAGCAUUCUAGUAAAAUCAGCAUCUUGUACAUUAUUCUACUGCACUGUACAGGGAGGAUUUAUUUUGUUUUCAGACAACUUUCACAAUUUUCUUUCUUGCCCACCAAAGUUGGUACAAAGUUAGCAGAAGAGAAUAAGGAUGCAAUUUAAAUAUGCUGGAACUUUUUCUUCUGUUGGACAACAGAAUUGUUCUGGCUAAUAUAUUGGCCUGUUUUGUAACAGCCUUUCACCCAAGAAGUAGAAAACACAGCAUGGUGUUUUAAAAAAGGACAGAUCGCAGAAGAAUACAGAUUAAAGUUCUUCAAACAUU